GCGAACAGGGCAGGGGACGGUGUGCACACUUUGAGGAAUAUUAAAGCCACUUAACCAUAGUCACGAUUUUACACACUAGGAUUAAUCUCCGAUUUGCAAACAUGAUUCCCGAGGAAAACUUUGGCUCCACCGAGAACAGGAUGCAGUCUGCAAGUGUAGCCCUGGAGGAGUUGCUGGUUACCGCUCAAAAACAAGACUGCCUGACUGUUGGUAUCUACGAAUCAGCCAAACUUCUCAAUGUAGAUCCAGACAGCGUGGUCCUGUGUGUCCUGGCAGCCGAUGAUGAGGACGACGUAGCGCUGCAGAUCCAUUUCACACUACUGCAGUCCUUUUGCUGUGACAGCGGCAUCACCAUUCUGCGUGUUUCAGGGGUUCAUCGGCUCCAUCAGAUUCUGGGAGCUUUAGAUCCCAACAGUAACCAGGAAGAGUGUGGAGACCUCCACUGCAUGCUGGUUACGAACCCUCAGGCGGACCACUGCAGGCUACAAGAAGUGGGGAUGUACUGCCAGGAGAGUCGACGUCUUGAUCAGUGGGUGCCUGAACUGGUUCUGCAAGAGCAAUGAAGGAUUUGUGUACUACAAGCCCCAGAAGCUUUCUGGGUCCACAUACUGUUAAAUGAAGGAUCUUGAUGUUCAAGCAGCGAUGGCCUGGAGUGGACUCGGUCCUGUCUGUUGUCCAAACUGAUAAGAAACAGGAGCCAUAGACUUCUUUUCAGUGACUGAAAAAAACAGUUGGACUGGAGACUGUUUUUUUUUUUUCAAACAGUGUUUUGUGUAAAACAUAAAGACAGAAAAAAAGCCUGACAUUGAGGCUGCUGGCAGGAAAACACAAUCUGUUUUGGGCUUUUGUGUGGGUAAUUUCCAUGUCUUAACUCCAGUGACAUGAUGAUUAGUCCUAAAGAGAAACAUUAGCUUUUGAUAGUAACUAGUCCACACCCCAGCUUAUACCUGGAAUGUCUGUGUACUUACUGUCUGGAAGGAAACACUGCAAAGGUGAAACUACUGUAAUACCCACCAUUCCUGUACGCGUGACUUGGGAGAGUCUCUGAAGAGAAAGGGUGUGUGUCAGUGUGAUAUAUAUGCAUAUAAAAUAGUUGUAUCUUUCUUUAUAAAUGACAAGGUGUGCAGCACAUGCAUUCUUGAAAUCAACAGCUGAACCUGCAGAGGAGUUGUCACCACAGAAACAGAAAUUGCAUUGCAGGACUGAAAAAACUGCAAAAAUGGGUUCAGGACAUAAUGUUGGUUUGAAUUUAAGACUCAGGAUGAUAGAAUGAACUGUCUAGCAGGGUUGAAACAGGUUGUCUUUAAAGAACUGUAAUGAAAAAGAAACCACAAUCAGCCGUUUUGUGCCUUUUUUAUACAAAUAUGAAGUGUACAUUGUUAAUUUAUUGAUUGUAUCAGUUGUUUGGAGCCAUUUGUGGUUCAUUUCUUGUACUCUUUUGUCUAAAUAAAUUAUU